AUGGCUGCGGCGGGGGGCGCGGUGAGCCGCAGGGGCCCCGGGCGGCCCUGCCCCUUCUCCAUCGAGCACAUCCUUUCCAACCUGCCCGAGCGGAGCCCCCCGGCACGGGCCGCCCGCACCCCGCAGCCCGCCGGCCACCAGAGCCCCGCGGAAUCCGGAGAGCCCGGGGCGCCCGAGGCCGCGCCCUGCGCCUGCUGCUGCUGCUGCGGACCCCGCGCCGCGCCCCGCGGGCCCCCGGAGCCGGCCUCCGGGCUGGGCGCGCGGCUGCCGUGGCCGCUGAGGCUGGGCCCCGCGGCGCCCUUGCCCUUGGCUGCGCCCACGGGAGGCCCGGGGGCGCUGCCCGGCACGGGCGGUCCCGGCCCGCAGCGGCGCACGCGGCGCCACCGCACCAUUUUCAGCGAGGAGCAGCUGCAGGCGCUGGAGGCGCUCUUCAUGCAGAAUCAGUACCCCGACGUGGGCACGCGCGAGCGCCUGGCCGGCCGCAUCCGCCUGCGCGAGGAACGCGUGGAGGUCUGGUUCAAGAACCGCCGGGCCAAGUGGCGGCAUCAGAAGCGCGCGUCAGCGACCUCGAGGCUCCUCCCCGGAACCAAGAAGCCCGCAAAGGAGAGCUGCUGAUGGCUCUGGGAGCUACUCCCG